CGCAUGAUUACGUGUAGGCCCAACUAAUCAAGUUUAUUCUGAAGGGAUGAUUAUGAGCCUAAUUGCUUUUCUUUUCCUUUCCAGAGAGGAGGCAAAGGAGAUGUUUUACCAUGCAUAUACUGCGUAUAUGGAUAAUGCUUACCCAGCGGAUGAGUUGAUGCCUCUCAGUUGUAAGGCAAGAUGGAGAGACUCGGAGCCCUCCAGAGGGGAUAUAGAUGAAACCCUAGGAAAUUUUUCAUUGACACUAGUUGAUUCUUUGGAUACAUUAGUAGUGUUAGGGGACAUUGAAGAAUUUGACAGAGCCUUGCGGUUGGUGGUAAGAGACGUCGGCUUCGACCAUGACCUUGUUGUCUCUGUUUUUGAGACAAAUAUUCGCAUGGUUGGGGGUUUGCUCUCGGGUCACAUCAUGGCCGAACACCUCAAUCAGCUCUAUGGGGCUUUGGGAUGGUAUCGUGGUGAAUUGCUCACGCUGGCGAAGGAUCUGGCCACCAGACUCCUGCCAGCAUUCAACACCACCACCGGCAUUCCUCACGCCAAGGUAAAUCUCAAGUAUGGUAUGAAGUCUCCCAAACUUCAAGGCUCAAGAGAGACAUGCACUGCCUGUGCUGGAACAAUAAUUUUAGAAUUUGCUGCGCUCUCUCGCCUGACGGGAGACCCUAUCUUUGAGGAAAAGGCCCGUCAAGCAAUGGACUGUCUGUGGAGCCAGCGACACAGGGGCAGUGAUCUUGUGGGGACAGUGUUAAAUGUUCAUUCAGGUGAUUGGGUUCGGAGAGACUCUGGUGUCGGGGCGGGAAUAGACUCCUAUUACGAGUAUUUGCUGAAAGCCUAUGUUCUUUUAGGCGACGAGGGAUACCUGGAGAGGUUCAACAAGCAUUAUAGUGCUGUCAUGAAGUACAUAAGCCAGGGCCCCAUGCUCCUGGACGUCCACAUGCACCGGCCCCACACCACAUCCCGCAACUUCAUGGAUGCGCUCCUAGCAUUCUGGCCGGGUCUUCAGGUAUUAAAGGGAGACAUCAAGCCAGCCAUCGAGACACAUGAGAUGCUGUACCAGGUGAUACAGCGGCAUAACUUCCUCCCAGAAGCAUUUACAACAGACUUUCAGGUUCACUGGGGCCAGCACCCAUUGCGGCCGGAAUUCUUGGAGUCAACAUACCUCUUGUACCUGGCUACAGAUGAUCCCUAUUACUUGCGCGUAGGGGAACAGGUGCUACGCUCCCUGCAGAAGCAUGCCUGGGUCCCUUGUGGUUAUGCUGCAGUCAAAGAUGUGCGAACUGGGGUACAUGAAGACAGGAUGGACUCGUUUGUGUUGGCGGAAACCUUUAAGUACCUGUACCUAUUAUUUGCCAAGCCGAGUGACCUGAUUAUUGACCUGGACCAGUUCAUCUUCACGACAGAAGCUCAUCUGUUGCCCCUUUCGCUGGCACGGCUUUCAAACCUCACUGUUGUUCCAGGUCCUGACAACCAAGACACGGCACAGGACAGUGACGUUGAGUAUGCAAGGUCAUGUCCUAAUGCCCACUACCUCUUCCCUGGACGCCAUGAGUUUGCAGAAACUAUAAGGCGCCCACUCAAGAACUUUGUCAACAAUGUUUGUCCUUCCCGAAAGACCAUCAAGAGAAAGCUACGUGCCUCAGAGUUCCAGGCAGGGAAUAGCCGACACAUGGGGCUCCUCAGGGACAUGGGCAUUACCAUUAUGGCGCUGCCCGAUGGUCGUGUGCAGCUACUACACACUUCCUCAAAUGCUAAGUCAUCUGAUGAUGCAGAGGAAGGACUGCUGUUCAUGCAAGAGAUGAUUGAGCUAAGCAAACUUCAGCAGGAACAGCCUGAAAAUCCCCCCCGCGUUGUGUCGUUCACCCGCUGGACUGAUGGACACUCGAGUAAAGUCACCAUUCAGGCUGGCCCUGCGCAAUUUGGGCUUGACCUCAAAGGGGAUGUGCAGGUGAGUGGACCAGUCGUCAAGGCCAGGCAUCUGCGUGCUUGCGACCAACUGGAGAACGAGAAGGAAGUGCGUGGAAAAAUAGUCAUUAUGGAACGAGGAGACUGCAUGUUUAUCGAAAAGGCCCGAAGAUUAGAAGCCCUGGGUGCAGUAGGAGGCAUUGUCCUGGACAACACUCCAGGAACAUCUGCGGCAAGUUCCCCAAUGUUUGCCAUGUCAGGAGAUGGCACUAAUGAUGUCAGCAUUCCUUUGGUGUUCCUCUUUUCGGGGGAUGCAGAAGUGCUCCUCAAAGCACUGCAGGAGAAUCCAGACCUCGAAGUUGUUCUUUCAGACUAUGUGGAGAAAGAUUGGGGUAUCCCUAAAGACAUUUGUUCUUACAUCAUCUAUUUAGAAGAGUUUGUGUUCUUGACACCUUUGCCUUAUGACGUAUGGAAAGCAUACAUCAGACAGCUCAUACCUAACGGUGUGUUGACUGAAGAGAGAGACGAGGUGGACAUAGCUUCAGAGGAGGAGGGCAGUAGCAAAGAAGGGUCAAAGAACGAUCAUUUAGAGGAAGGUAGGGCCAGUGCUCAUGGGGAUCACUUUGACUGUAUAGAGCUUGGGGAAGAUCUAGCAGACUCUCCCAGAGAAGCUGGCAGACAAGAAGUAGAAACCAUGGACGAUAACACUAGAUUGACUAACGGGGAAAGUGAGAGUCAUGGAGAGAAGCAUGUGGUCGAGAGUUGCAUCGAGGUGAGGGAGGAAGACGAAGCUGGGCAUCAGGUGAAGUCCGAGGGAGGGAGUCAUUGCACUUCGCCUGCAGGAGAAGGAGGAGACGGAGUAGACAAAACCCUGGCAGUUAAUUCAUUUGAAGAAGGUAAAGGGUCUGUGGAGGAGGUAGAAGUUGAUGGGAAGGAUGCAUCAGAGGGUGCUGGGGAGGCUGGGGAGGCCGGGGAGGCUGGGGAGGCCAGCCUGGAGGAAGGGGCCAUGCCGCAGGUCAUCUCCAUCAUCAACAACAGACACCAGUAUCACUUCCAGGGAAGUGAAAGUGUGUCUAAUGAUGACCUAGUAACAGUGGUUGAGGGACAGCAUGAGGAGCAAGCAUUGUCCGUUCCCCAAGAUGAAGCUCAAAAAAAUCAGGAAAUACUGAAAGAAUUGGAGGAGGCUGAGACUGCAGAAGAAAUUCUGGUAGCUGCUGUGAGAUAUGUAAAUUUGCGUCAAGAACAAGAGAAUGCUAAAGGAAAUACUCCACUAUUAGAUCAUCCGUCAUCAUCCAUUGUGGCAGAACUACAGAGUCUGCUGGUCCGCAAGACAGCCUCAGACCCAAGUCUCCUGAGGUCAUUGCUGAGUGUCCACUUGCGUGAACUGAUGGCGGUCUUGCAGCAGGCCACCCCAAGCCCAGCUGAUUUAGAUGCCUCCAUCCACCAGCUGCUGAACCAGCUGUCGGCCUUCAGCACGAAGCCCCCCCAGGAGAACACGAAGAAGCCGCUGGUGACCACCACGGCCUCUCCCCAGGGGGCGGCGCAGAAGGGGGACUUCCAUGAGAACAGACUGGAACACCUCACGGAAAAAAUUCAGGAGAAGAUCAGAAAACUCAAGAAGAAGUAUGAAGGCUUGAUCCCACAGCACAUAGAGGGCUUGCUCAGUGAUUUUGAAGGCACUUCUCCCCCCAAUACCAAAGAUGCAAACAGGAAAGAUGAAUUAUAAUAGAGCCAUAUUUUUUUGUGUGAAUCUAAUGAUGAUAUAAAUCCAUGUUAGAUUAUGUUUACCAUAUAGUUUGUUAUCCUUAUCCUUUAUUUUAUUUUGUCUUCAUUUUAUUUUGGUUUAUUUAUUCAGAUUUCUUUGGUUCAGGUGCAUAAUGUAAUAAGAAAUUACAAAGAUACUCAGAAUGGUGGAUAAAACUGAUGUUGAUUAUAUGCCACACUGAUGAUAUUUCAUUGCACUGACACUGACUGAAGGAUGCUCAGGGGAGCUGCUUGUCACUGUGAUAUUUGACAUUAGUGGAGCAGUCAUGUUGUGUGCGGUUUGUACAGUCAAAGUUUUAUUAUGGUACUUUCAAACUUACAAAGUGCUCAUGCAUAUUCCUUGUCAUGUCUCUACCUUGGGGCAUUUGUGUAUAUAUUGGAUACGAAGGAGUGCACCAUUUUCUCAUAAGUUCAAUAGUACUGAAAACAUUCCAGAAGGCAGUGAACACUGAGACAAUACUAACUUAAAGCCAUACCUGUACAGAAGCCUAUCUGAUGAUAGCAGACAGCCAUCGAUCAAGUGCAGCAGUAUCAGUACUAGUGACGGUUCUUGGCAAAAGCUCAUUUGUAUUGAUGUUGCAAUCUCUAGGCAUAACGAUUCUUCCAAGUGAAAGUACGACAGAAAAGAAGACUGCUUUUGAACUCAUAAGGACAUUGUGAUAUUGCAUAGAAGUGAAUAUGCAUAGCAUUCAUUAGUAGGCUCCUCACCCCACAGAAGUUCAAUUAAAUGUAAUGCCAAUUCUUCCCUUUCCUGCAGUUUAUUUAUUGAUUUUGUAACAUAAUUGUGUAAAUGUUAUAAGAUGUAAUUUAAUAUGUGCAGUUACAAACAAAUCCAUCCUAUUGAAAUUUAGGCAUUUGCCAAGAGCAGAGGGCAAAGAAUCUUUGUUCUGGCUGAUUCUCACACCUGUUUGACUCCCUGAGAGCUAGUUCCCCCCUGAUAAGGUGUAAAAGGAUUAAUUUGCGUUCCUGGAAAUAUUCACGCCUUCAUCAUGUGCACUUCAUAUUUCUUUUUUUCUUUCUUUCUUUCUGUCGGUCUGUCACUAAUGAAAAAGAGGGGUUUUAAAAAUUUAUUUGCAAGGGAGUAGGGAAUUGAAAAUAUCCAACUUUCACCUCCUUAGACUCGUUAGUAAAACAUACAACGGUACCUUAUCUGAGGCUUUCCCUUUCCUUCCCCACCCUUCACAUUCCUUCCCUUCCCCCUCCCUUAAGCUUUUUCAGAAGCCAUGCACCGCCAUCUGGCCAUGCACACUGGUAAGCCAGCAUCACAUCAUGAUAACUUAUUGUCCUGUUCUCUGUUGAACUUUCAUCACAUACUUCACCCAUUGUAUUUCAUCUCUGUGGUGUAUUGCUUGCAGCAUCUCUAGCAACCACAUUCACAUUAGGUUAAAAGAAGCAAGAGAAAAGCAUAUAUUUUCUUUUAUAUCUUGUUUGUUUUUUUUUCUCUCUUUUUUUCUAAGGCCAUUUUUGUGGGACAUUUGAAGAUGAAAAUACUUGCUUUAAUGAAUUCUGUAGCUUUAACAUAAGUCAAAGUAGAAUUCCUGUGUCAUUCACCUCUUUCACACUUAAAUUGCAUACUUUCCAUGUUAUGGCUAAUGCACUGCCUUAUUCCUCAUAGAUAUAAAUUUUAUAAAGAGAACUUGUUGUUUGUUAAAAUAAAGAAGUUGAGGGGAUAUGAGCAUUCCUUAAUGUAGUAAUACAAAUGCUGUAGGUAUUCCUUUAUUAAACUUUCAGCCAGAACAUGGAAUUCACUUAUGAUUGGCCGUAGCAGGUGUGGGUGCUAUACAGACUGGGUCUGUCUCCUGUUCCUGUGUGGAUGUGUGUGUGUGUGUGUGUGUGUGUGUGUAUCAGCAGGUGUGCACCAGUGUGUUUUUAUCAUAAUGUGCUAGGGUUACUGUAAAAAUGGAAAAAAAAAAAAGUUUUUAAUAAAGGUUAAUGAAAAUUUA